AUGCUGGAAUUGGUGGAUGAUGGCUUCUUUAAGGCGAAUCCCAACCGCAAGAAGGCUUACACAAUGAUUCCAGAUGACGCCCUUGCUGGCGUGCCAUAUCUCGAAGGCACUGUUGGUUUUGCCGCCGCUGGGCCGAACACACGAACUCAGCAGCUUUGCCUUUUUCUGGGCGCUCAACCGGGAUUGGGCCAGAACUCAGUGGAGACGCCCAUCGGGCGUGCGAGCGCCGAGAGCCUGCCAGUGCUCCGGGCGCUGAAGCUUCUGGGCGACAUUCCCCAGUGCGGAGGCAGUCGAAAGAGAGCCGUGCCGUGUGGGGUUUUGAACAGGGCCUUAUGA